CAGGGGAAUGAAGUGUCACCUUUAUGGUGCAUUAGGAUGGGAUUAGAGCGGAGCCGGGCCCUGGCGGUCGUUUACUCGUUUGCACAUGCUGCCCUGCUGGAGACAAAGUCCAUGUGUUCAUGAGCCCCAGAAUGAUUGAACCCCAUAGCACAAGUAACAAUAGCUUACCAAUCUCAAUUUUUUUAUUUUUUGAAAAAACAUCCAUGACAGCAAUUUUUUAGUGAGUGCUCACUAGGCAAGACGGAGCAACGUCAAAUAAAAGAGAGCAUGCCAUUUAGUACACACGCAGUGAUGCUUCAUUAGAUUCCCGUCCAACAACACGCUUCUGCGUCCAUUAUAACUAUGAGCUUGCAUUAUAUUGCAGCAUGCAUAUGGACACGCAUCAUCGAUCAGUGCCAACUCAGUCUACCGGCCGGCUAUAGGAUUAUUAGCUCACGGCAGACAGAUCGAUAUAGCUAGCUCAAGCACCGUAUAGUAGCUCACAAAGAUGAAAUACUACUUCAAUGCAAGUAGCGAGUAUUGCAACAAAUCAGUUGAGCUCUAUGUGUACAACCUCACCUCCUCCUACACUGACCAGAGGAAUGAGGCCCCCAUGGUGGCCACCUCCGUGGUCAUGUUCAUUCUCGCCGCACUCUUCUUCAACCUCAACCUCUUCAGCCGUUUCUCCGACGUGAGCGCUAUACUGAACCCCAGCGUCCGCCUCUUCCUCAACACCUCCCUGUCCCUCUUCCUCCCCGUCAUGUCCUACCUCUUCUCGGAGGCCAAGAACGACAGCGGCGCCGGUGGCCAGAUGACGGAGCUCUCGGUGCGAGCCCGGACUAUCCUCAUGUGGAUGCUCCUGGUGGAGCUCCUCCGCAGGAAAGUGGAGGAGAUCCUAGUGACUGCGGCAGGCGCGCAGGGAUAUUCAGGCAACAUCGAGCGCGCCACCCGGAUCGCCUGGCUGGGCUACCUCGUCUUCUACAACCUCAGGAGCGCCGGUAAGAAGGCGCUGUAUGGGAUCCUAUGGGUCUUUGCUGCUGCCAAGAUGGUGCAGAGGUUCGUCAGCCAAGAGCUCGGAAAGCGUUCCUUCGCCUAUGGCAAGAACCCCCAGCUUCUCUCCUCCUACAUGACCAGGAUGCUCCAGGAUGGUGGUGCGGAGCAUGAAAGCAGCAGCAACAAAGGGUCGGAGCUUCUGAAGCGGUGCAACUAUGUGGUGAUGGGUGAGGAGGAGCUGCAGAGGAAGGCCGGCCCGGACGGCUACGACCUCGUGUCGCUGGCGGAGGCCCUCAGGAAGCGCGACUCCUCCGUCGUCACGGUCGGCAAGAUCUGGAAGCUUGCCGAUGAUAACAAGGACAAGUUGCUUCGGAAGGACCCCAGGCUGAAGCGGCUCUGCCUCUCCUUCGCGCUCUUCAAGCUGCUGCGCCGAAGGCUGGAGGACUUCCCCAUCAGCAGCGAAGAAGCUCGCAGCUGCCACGACCUCAUCUUCAAGGGCCUCUGCGAAGAAGAAGAGGGCAACGCUACGGAGGACGGGACUGGGAGUGGGAGGGCCCUGUUCCAAGUGUUGAACAACGAGGUCCAGUUCCUGUGCGAGUACUACCACUCCGUGCAGCCCGUGGUGUUCGCGAGCCCCUUCUUCUUCCUGACCAACUACAUCCUGUUCCCGGUCAUCGUGUGGGCAUUGUCCAUCCUCACCAUCAUCCUGUGCAGCCACGGAGACGUGUCGUACGCCUUCCGGAGCUUCGAGGCCGACAACUACGCCGUGUCGGUGGGCGUGAUGAAGCUGAUGGGAUGCAUCCUGCCCAAGAUCACAACCUCGCCGCCGGAACUCUUCACCGUCGUCGACCUCUCCGUCACCGGCCUCCUCCUCCUCGCCUUGGCCUACGAGGAGGUGUGGGAGUUCGUCGUGUUCCUGCUCUCCAACUGGUUCAUGGUGUCGCUGGUGUGCAGCUACACCUCCAAACCCGGGUGGCGGGACAGCCCGUUCCUGAGUGGCGUCAUCCGCCGCAUCCUGUGGGUGCGCGACAGGCUGAGCCACCCUAACGUGUGCGUGAAGCAGUUGUCGCUGCUCUGGUGCCAUUGCCGCCGGCUCUCCUCGGCACUACUGCCAACCAAGGCCGUGCCUCUGGACGCCAAGAAAGCUCUCAUGGCACGGCUGCGGGACGUCAGCGAUGACGCCCCUCUCAGCAACGGCAGGUCGGCGCUGCAUCAGCAGGCGGAGGAGCUGUCGUGGGCGUGCGAGAGCGGCAGCAUCGCCGAGGUCAUCCUGACCUGGCACUUGGGCACCGAGAUGCUGGCAGCCAAGCACCCGGCGCCGAAGAAGCAAAAGCCGGCGCCGGGAGCCGGCUGUAGUACUACUAAUAACCGGAAUGUGGGCAUGGCGCUGUCGAGGUACGGCGCGUACCUGGUGGCAUUCCACCCGGAGCUGCUCGCCGACGAGACGGACGGGACGAAGCGCGUGUACAGGGAGACCAAGGAGGAGCUGAGGAAGGGGAUGGGCUGGUUGGGCUACUACUGCUCCGGACAGGGCGCCCGGCUCAGGAAGCUGAUGGAGAUGGCCGCAGCAAGGCAGAACAAGCACGAGCCGCCGGCGACGACGCUGGGAAAGGGAGCCAGGCUGGGGAAGGCUCUGAUCGACAAAGCGACCGGGCGUGACGAACCUGUGUGGAAGCUUGUGGCGGAGGUGUGGACGGAGGUGGUGGCGUACGCGGCGCCGACGGGGAGCGAGCAGCACGUGAAGGCGCACCGGGAGGCUCUGGCGCUGGGCGGCGAGUUCAUCACCGUGCUGUGGGCGCUCACCACCCACACCGGCAUCGCCCGCGGCGGGCCGGUGACGGCGACUCCAGCCACGCCGCCUGCGUUCGUUUAGAUGUGGCGCGACGGUUUGCUCUCGUCUCGCCAUUGUUUCCGUUCCGUGCGCGUGUUUAUUACCGUAUUAUCUGCAGUCUGCACCGUACUCGAUGAUCAGUAUGUGUUGUUUAGAGCAUCCGGAGUGUGAGGCCUACACACACGCAGAGAGAACAUCGAUCUGAGAAAACAUAGCAGAAAAGACGUAACGUAAGUUAGUCCCCAUGCCACAGGCAACUUGAGGUUCGGACGUAUCCCUACGCUUCCUUAGCCCUUGUCGAACGGAGCUAGCGAAGUCGCCAGCCGCGCUGGAGGAGAGAGAGAAAAAAAAAUACUAAUUCACUUCUUCUCUUUCCCCAGUCGGCCACCAGACUCAGCUUCCUCCCUCACAUCAUCUCGAUACACGUGAUUUCGCUUGCUAGUUAUUUAGUCGCUAGCUAGGCUUCUUUCUCCCAUGUUUCCCCCAUCCACCAGUGGCGGACCCAGCGGGUAGUCCAGGUAGGCCUGGGACUACCCGCUGAUUUGGCCCAAAAAUUUUUUUAGCGGAUCGGAGGCCCAGCCCAAUCCACACUCCCGGCCUUGUCUUCCGUCUCUGCAGACCGCAGCCUUCACUCCGCGUCUGAGCAUCUCCGCCCAAGCCGCCGCCGCCCGUAUCUCCUCUCGCGGUCUCCUCGCCUCUCCCAUUUCCCGGCUCGACGGCACAGCUCCGUCCGUGGUCGUCCCCGGCUGGCAGCGCCACAGCAGCACGGCCGCGGCGGCUCACCGGCGCGGCGACCGCCACCCAUCUAGCCCCAGGCCCCAGCCCUAGCCACUCGCGGUGCCCCGGCCUGUGGACUGCGCCAUGGCCGGCCCCGGUGGUGUCUGCCGUCCAGGGCGGGCACGCGGCAAUGAGGCGCCGGGGCCUCGAGAGCUCGGCCGCCUGAGAAGCCGACAAGUCCGACCGUCCGGCCGGCCCUUGUGCUCACUGCUCUACAGGUUAGGGUCUCUCCAAGGAGUUUAUUUUUUUUUCCCCCAUUUCAGAAUUCAUAUCUGUGCAGAAACUGGGACCAGGAUAUGCUAGUAGUAGUGAAUUAGUAGAGCAAUUUAGUCAGUAGAGCACUUGUUGCAAUAAUUUAGCCAUAAAUUCAGAGGUUGAUAUGUUCUUUUUGCUAUUAUGUGUUGUCGUUUGUCAGACAAGUGGGAGAGGGUUAAAUCAACUAAUCAAGAGAUGUCAUGUUCAAUUUAAGUUGUUAUUUGGAGAUAUUUUUAAUGUAUUAAUGCAUUUUUGGUUA